GGAGGGACGCACAAAUUGAGCAAACAACUGCAUUUGGUGUUGUUUUUUUUUUAAAAAAAACAAAGUACACGUCACCCUUACAGAGCAGUUAGGUGAGCAGCAGACAGGUGAGGUGUGAGGAGAGCUGACUGAACUGAAGUUAGUUACGUGUUAGGCCUUCAAUUAUUAAACCACGUGAACUCAUCUUUUGAAUGGAGAACUUCAAAAUUUGUCCGGUGUCCGACUACUACCAGAGGAUCCUCCUGCCAGUGUCCUACAGCCUUGAGUUUCUGCUGGGUUUGAUCUUAAACGGCGCCCUGCUGUGGUGCGUCUGCUGCCGGACGCGUCGCCGGAGCGGCACGGUCACCUACAUGACCAACCUCGCCAUAGCGGAUCUCUUCUACGUGCUGGCCAUGCCGCCUCUCAUUAUCAGCAAUGCCAUGGGGGGCCUGUGGCCCUUCGGCAACAUCAUCUGCAAAAUCGUGCGGUUCUUCUUUUUUGUGAACCUGCACUGCAGCAUGAUGCUUCUCGCCUGCGUCAGCGUGCACCGUCUCCUCGGAGUGUGCUUCCCCAUCGCCGCUGUGCGCCUCAGGACUAAAAAACUCGCCCUUUUCGCGUCAGUCUCGGCUUGGAUUCUGACCACGGUGGAGAUCUUACCGACGCUGGCGUUUGCGCACACGGGUGUGAUCAACAACAUGACUGUAUGCUUUGAAAUGACUAACCCGAGUCAAUUUAAAGUUUACUUCCCGUACGGGUUGUUUUUAGCCAUAGUGGGUUUUAUGGUCCCGUUCCUUGUCGUCAUCACCUGCUACUGCUCCAUGAUGAAGGCGCUUUAUUGUAGGGCUGCGGACGCCAUAUCUACUGCCAGGUCAGGUCGUAUGCGCAACAAGUCCCUGCGGACCCUCCUAACCGUGUGUCUCGUGUUCGUGGUGUGCUUUGGGCCCUAUCACGUCGCUCGGACCUUCUACUUGUUCGUGAGGGCCUACAUGCCCGAAGACUGUGGACUUGUGAACAUAGCUAUGAUCUCAUACAAGGUCUGGAAGCCAGUAGUCAGUAUUCAGUGCUGCGCAAAUCCUCUCCUGUACUUCUGGGGGUCUGGUCGGGAGCAUCAGAAGCUCUGGGCCUGGCUGUCAAGGAGGAACAAGAGGGUGCAGCCCAACGUGUGUCUGGUGGACGUAGGUAGCACAAACAGGUCCGGAUGGUAGUGAAC